GAAGUUAUAUAUUAGGUCUGUAGCGAGGUGGGCGGUCACAUUUUACCCGGGAACUACCAGUGACUGGUUAAGCCGUGCCGGAGAGACUUCCAACUUUCCAAAAUGGUGUACUACGUAAUUCGUAACAAGCAGACUGGUCUUGUCAUGGACAUCAAGGGAUGCUGUGGCGACGAUGGCGCCACCAUCUGUAUGUGGGAGUAUUCUGGCGGCGACCACCAGCUCUGGUCGUACGAGGACGGUGUGCUCAGGAGCAAACUCAACGGCAAGGUUCUGGACCUGAAGGACUGCAACGCCAGCCCCGGUAAUGACGUAUGUAUGUGGAGCCACAAUGGCGGCCCAAACCAACGCUGGGUGCUCUGUGAGGACAACACCAUCUGUAGUGAGAUGGGGGGAGACCUUGCUCUCGACGUCAUGAACCACUCCACAGACGCUGGCGCUGAUGUUAAGAUCUGGAACAGACACGGACAGGGCAACCAGCAGUUUGUCUUGGAGGUCGCCCCGGGCAAGUAGAGCUACAGGCGACUGGAAAGUCGUUAGGUAGCUCGAGAAGUACGGCCAGAUGAUCAAAAGGACGAUCAAUAACUUUACGUAGGCAGCUUGCGUUGCGUUCGCAGAAGGAACUGUAGUUAAAGAAAGUUAUUUACGGCAAUAUCAGCUAAUUGUUACUACUAGGAGUACUCGGCUGAAUGCUUUAAUAAAGAUAUUGUGGUUGUA